GAACUUCAGCCUCCACACAGCUGAUCUCCUACCCGAUCCUCAUAAGAAUCCCUCUGGAUGGAAGCCGAGGGUGCAGAUUAGGACGCUGGAAUGGAGGCGGCAGGGGUGCUGCCCGUGCCACGCUGCCUGUUUUGGGAGACGCUGGCUAGGCAGGAGUUUCCUCUGAGGCCAGGGCUUGCUCCUGAGGCCAAUAAAUUAGUAAACAGCUUGAAAACGAUGCCGAUGCUGCACGAUGAGGCGUAUGCCCGGGAAACAAAACUGAGCAACUCCCAUGAAUUCCCAGAGAACACGCUGGUGCUCCCUCUCUCUAAGCAAAACAAGAGAAUUUUUUACACAAUCCUUGAGCUUUCGCCACUGCUUGAUUCUUCCAACAUGACACCAGAUGACUGGGCCAAAAUUGCAAAGAAACUUGAGGAGCACUACGAGAAGUACGAUGGUUUUGUGAUCCUGCACGGUACUGAUACUAUGGCGUACACAGCUUCAGCCCUGUCCUUCAUGUGUGAGAACCUGGGCAAAACUGUUGUUCUGACAGGAUCACAGGUGCCCAUUUAUGAGCUGCAGAAUGACGGCCGAGACAACCUUCUGGGGGCACUGCUGAUGGCUGGGCAAUUCGUGAUUCCUGAGGUGUGCCUGUAUUUUUAUAAUAAACUGUACAGGGGAAAUAGGGUGACUAAGGUGGAUGCUGGGAGUUUCAAUGCCUUUUCCUCACCUAACCUGCCUCCACUUGCAAAUGCUGAGGUUGAUAUUACAAUAAACUGGGAAACGGUUUGGAGAGCCAAUACAAAAAAAAAAUUUCGAGUUCACACCAACAUGAACAGGAAUGUUGGACUUCUACGGAUCUUCCCAGGAAUCACUGCUGCUGCUGUAAAAGCGUUUCUUCAGCCUCCAAUUGAGGGUAUAGUACUUGAAACUUAUGGGAGUGGCAAUGCCCCAGACAAGAGAGAAGAUCUGCUGGAAGAACUGAGGAAAGCAGCUGAACGCCAAGUGGUGAUUCUGAACUGCACCCAGUGCUUACGUGGGGCUGUUAAAACAGUCUAUGCAACAGGGCAGACUCUCGCUGAUGCUGGAGUAAUUCCUGGAGGUGAUAUGACACCAGAGGCAGCCCUAACGAAACUGUCAUACACACUCAGCAAGAGAAACCUUAGCUGGGAGGAGAAGAGGCAGAUGCUGAGUGAGAAUCUAAGAGGAGAAAUGACUGUUGUACCCACAGGAGCCAAGAUCUCUUUGAGAGAUAGCAAGUUUAUUCAAGUGAUUGCCAAAUCUCUAAGUAUCAGCAGCAAGGAGGAGUUAGAAGCUGUGCGAGAUGCAUUAAUUCCACCUUUGGCUUGUGCUGCAGCUAAACUGGGUGACAUAGAUGCACUAAGAGCCAUAGCAGAAAUGGGUGGAAAUCUGAGCUGUGGAGACUACGAUGGCCGAACUCCACUCCACAUUGCAGCCUCUGAAGGGCAUCUGCCCUUAGUUGAGUAUUUGUUGACGUCUGGCGCGACUGUUUAUGCCAGAGACAGAUAUGGAUCUACCCCACUGAUGAAUGCGAUCAAGUUCAGGCACAUACCAGUGAUUAACUUGUUACGAGAAACAGGAGCACACCUUUCAAGCCAUGACUUGGAGGAUGUUGGAACAGUACUCUGCAGCCUUACAGCUAAAGGCGAUGUGGAUGGGCUGUAUGCCUGGUACCUGGCUGGUGCAGACCUGGAGCAAACUGGUUAUGAUGGCAGGAAUCCCCUACAAGUUGCAGAGGCUACAGGACAGAAGGAGGUUCUUGACUUCCUUAGACACAAGCAAUAAGGGGCUGUAGAAGAUGGUCACUCCUCAUCAAGAAUACCAGCUUGAAGCAUUAAUGUUGUUAAGCCAUUAUGGGAGGAAAAGAGGAAAGGAACAAUGGUAGCACUGCCUGGGGCAUACAGGAAAGCUACAGUUAGAAAGAUUCUUUAUUUAGCAUUUCACUGAUUGUCUAAAAAUCAUUUGCUGCCUUUAUUUUUUAAUCACUUUUCUGGAAAGAAAUUCUAUUAAGCAAGCGAAGCUGGAAUGCAUGGCUGUUCCUGUUACAAGUUCUGAUUUUAAAGAGGCCUUUUGAAUGUUCUUAUGUUAAACCACUGAGGACAGUAUUGCAGGCAUAGCAAAUGGAAAUGCUGUGGUGAACUCAUACCAAGGAAAAACAGUGGAUUGUGCCUUUCUGGGUUUCAACUAAUAAAAUCGCUGAGGAACAAUGUU